GCGCAUUCAUCUCAAAGAACGAAAGAAAAUAAAAUAUUUGUUUGUUUGUGUAUUUGGUGUGUUCAUUCGACUUUUCUGAACCCCAAAUGCACUUCACCAUGACGACAAGCUGAGAACAUGUACAAAACUCUUGCGCUCGAAUUUCUGCAUAGUUGCAUCUCUCUCCAGGCUCUUAGUUCGAGUUCGCCAUGAAUUUGGCAGGAGAAAGAAGUUGGCAGCGACCGAGAUCAAAAUUCCUGACCCUCGAGGCAAGUGUGAUCGAAGAAGAUUCCCGUAAAAUUUCGCGAAAAUGAAGAUGCGAAUCACAUAUUCAUCACUGACAGUUCUACAUCAGCUUCCAGUCCUCGUUCUAUGUGAUGAACCUGCUCUAGACCCUUCAUACUUGAAUUUCAUGACCUCAGAGUACCGACAUGAACUUCUACAGCUUUGACGGCCUUUCUCGUCUGACAUCCAAUCGGUGUAAUUUGCUGAUUCGAAGCUCAGCUGUACGUAAAUCGUCGGCGCUAUUUAUCAUCGAGCCCGAAAGUCAUACGUAUAUUUACAACCAUACGUACGUCCCACGUGGUCUCCACGUCUCUUGAAUCAGAAUCUUCGGUUUCUGGGGCUCCGGUGGACUGUAUUAGUAUUAGCCCUGCCACCUUAGCGAGAAUGUUCCGGCCAUCGGCGUUGAAUGUCAUCCAGAUUAUCCAUCGAACAUCGAAGCACAAUCGCACUCACGAGCCGGUUGAGCGUUCGGACACAGAAGAAGAAGAAGAAGUUUGAAGGUUGAAUUUGAAAAUCAAAACUUCAAACUUCCGAAGAAGAACGCUGGUGCACAAAGCAAAAAAGUUUGAAGUGCAUUUUGAUUUGCUUUUGGACUUCAGAUGUUUGUUGGUGUGAUGAUCGCACGCGCACUUCCGUGAUCUGCAAGAGUGCAAGGCAAACUUAUCGUGGAUGGAGGAAAGUUGGUGGCCCUAAACCCACCCGCCCCGAUAGUGUCUGUUGGAUAUCGGGAUUGGUACGAUGUCUUCGUCCUUAGCUUUCCAGUUCGUUCGAUGAUUUGUUCUCAGGCUGUUUGAAAAGCCGGUCCAAAGCCCAAGCGACGUAUCCCUAGGUUUCCAUCGAAACGAAGAUCUAUGACUGAUCUUAAUGAAAGGAUUACGAAGCAAGAUCGGAGUUGCGAACGGGGCUCAUGCUUCUGCAGGUGCAGGAGGAAUCGUACGUUUUUUUCGUUCCUGCUCGUUCUCGAAUGAAGUGAAUGUCGUGUUCGAAUCCUUGUCAGGCACUCGAUCGCAUGUUGAUCGACUUGUUACUCUAUUCGGGGACCUCGGAAGUGUGAGUCUGACUUGCGCUCUCGAGGCAAAGUCCAUCGAAGGAUGACUCAAUUUCCGAAUUCGGACUCACGAAUAUAGACAUUCUCGAACCGCGAUGCGUGGCUCAACAUUCGGAAAGACUUUGAUUGCAGGCAGUUUGUACCUCGAGCGAUCGCAGCACCGAAUGGGCCGGAGUUAGAUGUACUAGGCUUUCAUGCAAUUCGCGGUUCCCAGUCGUGUAUCAGGAUUCACGUGCAGGAGUCGACCCCGAUCGAUGUAAAUCGAGAUGGGCAGAUCGGUGAUUCCGAUCAACGAGAAACUGGCUCGCGUCAUAAAGGUACGUACUCCUGAUUCCACGAUGUCUGAAUCGCAUGAUCGAGAGGAUCAGUCUGCAGUCGUUUUCGGAUUGUGAUUCUUGAGACAGGUCUAGCGAGACGAAGAUGGACGAGUACGACGUGAACGACAAUCCUGCAUACGAUUUGGACGACGGUGGCGACGGACGCAGCGACGACGGAGGCGGAGCGUAUCACGUGCUGGCGAAUGAUUCGGACGGCUCCCUCAACUUCGCGACCGGCGAACAGGUCGACGACGACGAGGAGCCGUAUGAGAACGAGCCGGUUCCUCCACAACCAGCCGGUGGAUCCCGAAUUCGCGCCCGUCAGAACACGGACGGCAGAGGACGACCCCCAAGGCCCCGAAAACCGGUCAGCCCGCCGGCACGGGGCCGCACGGGGCCUCCUCGAAGGGCCGACGGCACAUAUAUGCCGUAUGAGAAGAGCUGGACCAACCGGCAGAAAAUGCGGCGCGAGCUGCGGUCGCUGGGAAUGCCAACGCCGCCGUUUCCGAAGAAGCAUACCGGAAUCACGCAGGAUGAGGAUUACGCGCACCUGGUGCUGGCGCGGAUGGGAGUGAUCCUGCCGCGAUACAUGAACCCGGUCGACGAGCUCGCCAGAGUGAACGCCGGCGGCGAGCUCCGUCAUUACCCCGACGCGCCGGUGCAGCGGCCUUACCACGGUAAGUUUGCUCCGGGUGGGAAACAGGCGGUGGCUCCUGCAACUCCGGAUCGGCGAGCCCCUCCGGCUCGGCGGGCCCCGCCGGCCCGAGCCUCAGCGCCUCGGCAAGCUGCGCCGCGUCGAGCGUCGCCUCGGCGAGUCGGACGCAUCCGAGCCCCCCCGCCGUUGCGGCAUCGGCGCCCGGAAGGCUUUGCCCAGAGACGCGACGACGACGCCGGCGAGAAUCAGAUACCGUCGAGAAUCAACUAUUCAGUACCAUAUUUUCCGAGACGCGACGAGGGCGGCGGCGGCGGCGGCGAGACCCAGAGGCGUCUAAGAGUCAAGCACGCGACCCAAAACCCGAUCAGAAUCAAGCACGCGGAACCUGUCUUGCGGGGAGCAGGAGCACAGCAGCCGACAGCAGGUAAUUUCAGCGCCCCUGUGAGAAUUAAAUUCGCGGGUAUCACUUAUGUCCGAGAAGCUGCUCCCCCCGAAGAGAUGUACAUGGACGAGGUGGUGCCGGAAUAUAAUGCUGAAGACAUCGAGGAGCUUUAUCCAGAGAUGGAUCUCGGGGAGGAAAUGCAGGAAGAUUUUUAUCAAGACCUUGACGAUGGACAAGGUGAUAUUGAAGAUGACGGGGAACAUCCGGCUUUCUGGUCCAGUCCUACGACUCAGUACCCUGAUUCUGAGCUGCUCGAGAUCAUAGAGACGAUGAAGAAUAUCAGUACUGGUGAAGCUGUUCGGAUUCCCGGAGAGAACGAUCCGGAUCAUGAACCUGCACGUGGAGAUAUUAUUGUUCGCAAUUUUGAAAACCCUCAGCAUCGUAUGCUCGAAUACUUUGACCCAGAUGUUGUUUUAUUCCCCAUUCAAGCUGGGGACAAAUCAGUUCGGAUCACCUACGACAGUGUGAAUCGCGAUGGAAUGUGGCUUUGGAAAAUUAUGGCUGAGCUCCACAUUUGCACAGGUCAUCAAAGUACUUCGAGGCCACAAUGGGUGUACCUCGGAAGGGCUUUGCAUAUUGUAUCUCGAAUGCCGGAAGAUAACCCUUGGGAUGUCACGGGUUUAUGACUUACAUGUUUAAACUGACUUCAUUAUUUUAUUUUUCAUUUAUUUGUAGAUCAAGCUUAAUCAGUACUUGAAGCUUACCGAUAAUUGUAUAUCUACAUAUAGUUUUCUGAUUGAAGAGAAGAGAAAUAUCCUGCUUGAAGCUUCAAAUGGAUUUCACACUUUUACUAGUUUGUUACUUACGAGCUAAUAUAACGCUUCUUUGUUGUCUACAUAACAUUGAUCCGAGAGAAACCUUAAC